AGACCCCAUGUAUAAUCAUCUCCAUCCAUACUUAUCCUCUUCACUCUUUCUUUCUCCUAACACGCACAGCUCCAAAUUUCAUUUCUAGCAUCUUCCACAUUACACAUUGUACAUCUAAAAUCACUGUUUAUUCAUCUCUCUUUUUCUUCACUACACAAACAAACAAAAAAAUGCGAAUAAAAUCCCCCAUAUUAGUAUAUCAAACUAGAAGACUACUACAACAAUCACAAUCAAACCAAGAAAUAAAUACACACUCAACAAUGAGUUCAUCAUUAUCAUACCCGACAGCAACUUUCCAACCCAUGAUGAAUGAUUCAGUAACUACAGAAAUUGAAAGACCAUUUAAACUCUCAGCACCUUUUGAUUCAUCAAUGGCGGUAACAAUUCUCGUCCUUCUCACUGCACUCUUUUUCUUGGGAUUUUUCUCUAUUUAUAUUCGUCACUUCACCGGCAAUACAACAACGCCUUCCUCCUCGGACGCUGAUGACCGCCGUAGGAGACACCUAUCUCAACCGUCAUCGCACAGCGACGAAACGUCUUCCUCCUCCUCCUCAGACGCUGAUGACCUCCGUAGGAGACACUUAUCUCAACCGUCCUCGCACAGGUCUUGCCGGAAAGGGAUGGACCCGGCAGCGGUACAGUCGCUGCCAUUGGUUACUUACAGUGGAGCCGCGGAGCACCUGAUCGAGGACUGCCCGAUUUGUUUAGCUGAGUUUGAGGUGAAUGAAGUUGUUAGACUCAUUCCGUACUGUCGGCACGUGUUCCAUCAGCAGUGUCUUGACACGUGGCUCGCAUCGCACGUGACUUGUCCACUCUGUCGGUCCACGCAGUUUUUUAAGAAGGUGGAUGAGGUUCGCUUGGAUGUGGUCGAGGUAGAAAGAUCGACGGUUCAGGAGUGUGACACGUGUAGGAAUAUUAGGAGAUCAUGUAGUUCUUCGAGCUUGGGGAAUAGAGUGGCAUUGCAUAGAAGUGCAAGUUUCUGAAAAAGAGAAAAAUAGGAUAGAUUUGUGAAAAAUUGUAAAGAUUUUGUUAUCUAUAAGUAUACUUUUGUACAGCACUCAAAUUGAGAUAUUUUUGUGAUCUAUAGUUAUCAUAAAGUAUAUUACUAUGAAUUAGUGGAUUUACAAAUGGAGGUCUAUGUUGUUUAAUAAAUUGGAAUGCAGGAUCAUUUUACAACCAGA